AUGCAUGAGUAUACUGGCAACAUCAAGGACCCUCAACGGUAUUAUGAAAUAGAAAUGACUGAUGAUGAAGCCAAUAAGUCGGCGAGGGCUCAAGAUAAACCGGCGAGGGCUCCUCAUGCCAAAAGCAAAGUCACAAAGAGAGCAGCCAAGAAGAAAACCACCAAGUCUUCUGAUCCGCCCGAAGAUGUCGAUGAAUCGGAACAAGAGGAUGAUGCGGAAGCCAGUCGUGCUGACCAUGUUGAGGGUCAAAAUACUGAUGCUGAUCCGCCGGAAGCUAACCCGGCUAGUCCUCGUGCUGAUCCUCCUAGCCCGGCCAGGGAUGAAGACCUGCCAAGCCCAACUAAGGAUUCUAUCAAUCCGUCAAGCCCAGUCAGGGACACUGUCAAUCUGCCAAGCCCGACCAGGGAUACUGUCAGUCCACCAAGCCCGUCAAAAGGUGGCGAUGAUGAUGUUAUUAUUACUGGUACUAGUCACACCGACCCUGGUAGCCGUGUUGCUCAUCUGGGCUUUGACAUGCGGAUGAAGCUGAAGGCAGUAUAUACGUUGAUUGAGCAACUAUCCGACGGCCAGAAUAGACCCGACGACCUCUGGCUCCGCUUUAGGCGUGGGCGUCCUACUUUCCACCGCACCUUGGCCGCGCCCACUCGCCAUCAAACCUCCGUCAUCCUCCCACAUGGCCGGAGCCGCCUCGGGAUCGCCAUGGCCCUGAGAUCCUCGACAGCGACGUCGCUGCUCUCCAGAACCCUCCGCCUCCUCGAACCUUCCGCGCACCGGGUCCCGCGGGUCGAAUCGAGAGCCGCGUCGUCGUCGACUGGCGGUGGGGAUCCGUCGGGCCAGGAGCCGGCGCCGGCGCCCAUGGACUCCCCGAUCAAGGUGUUCUCCGAUCUCCGCGGCGGCGGGGCCCGCGGCGCGGCGAUCGACGCGGGCGGGUCGGCGCGGAAGCCGGUCAGCCUGUGGCCCGGGAUGCACCACUCGCCGGUCACCAACGCGCUGUGGGAGGCGCGGUCCAGCAUCUUCGAGCGCAAGAUGGACGCCGGGGGCAACGCCGACGCGGGCCCGCAGACGGACCUGCUCACCAGGACCCCCGCGCAGAGCCGGACCUCCAUCGUCUACAAGUUCGCCGCCGACGACAUCCUCCGCGAGCAGUACCGCGACCCCUGGAACGAGAUGCGCAUCGGCAAGCUGCUCGAGGACCUCGACGCCCUCGCCGGCACCAUCGCCGUCAAGCACUGUUCUGAUGGUGAUAGCACAACAAGACCUCUUUUGUUAGUUACUGCUUCUGUGGACAAGAUGGUCUUAAUGAAGCCCCUUCGUCUGGACACUGAAGUAAAGAUUAUUGGGGCUGUUACUUACGUUGGCCGCUCUUCGAUUGAUAUACAGAUUGAAGUGACUCAGGUUGAUCAAGAUGGUGAUGUGCAGUCAGACCCAAUUGCAUUGACGGCUAACUUCACAUUUGUUGCACGAGAUUCAGUAACCGGAAAAUCUGCUCCUGUGAACCGCCUUUCACCAGAAACCGAGAGAGAGAAGCAGUUAUAUGCAGAGACAGAAGCACAGGAUAAGGUGAAGAAAAGGAAAAGGGAAGAACAGAAGGGAGUGCUUGAGAAGGGGGUACAGAAGCUUGGUGCUGAGGCUGAGAGGCUGAAGAAUUUACUGGCAGAGGGUCGUGUUUUCUCUGAUUUUCCUGCUUUGGCUGAUAGGGAUAGCAUAUUGAUGAAGGAUACUCGCCUGGAGAACUCUCUUAUCUGCCAACCUCAACAGCGAAACUUGUAUGGACGGAUAUUUGGAGGUUUCUUGAUGCACCGAGCAUUUGAGCUUGCUUUCUCGACUGCCUAUGCCUUUGUCGGGCAGAGACCGUGUUUUCUUGAGGUGGACCAUGUCGACUUCUUAAAGCCGGUGGAUGUUGGAGACUUCCUUCGAUUCAAAUCAUGUGUGUUGUUUACCCAGCUUGAGAAUAAAUGGCAGCCCCUGGUAAAUGUCGAAGUCGUCGCUCAUGUAACAAGGCCCGAGCUCCGAAAAAGCGAGAUCUCCAACACAUUCCACUUCACCUUCUCAGUCGGCAGCGACGCACUGAAGAAUGGAGUGAGUAUCCGCAACGUUGUUCCCUCAACCGAAGAAGAGGCACGCCGUAUAUUAAACCGCAUGGAUGGAGAGGGUUUGUUCGAUUGAUCCUUCGGCGGAGUGACUGGUUCCAGCCAUAAUUUUAGCAACUUUUUACUGGCCAUGUUAACUAGUGGGAGAUGUACCCUAUGAUUUAAACAUCAGCAGCAGAUAAGCAGCAUGCUGGCAGCAGACCGGGAAAAGUGUAGCUUUUUGGCGUUUCUUUUGGGAAAUUAUUUGGAGUAUAGUAGUAGUAGGAUAUAUAAUAACCCCAACCUCGAGACCUAAAAAAUGUGCCUUUUGUGAGGGCACUGUCCAUUGAUUAUAUAUGUAAUUGCUUUGUUGUUUCA